UACUACCAUAUUACGACAUCUCGUGACACGCGUAAACAAAACGAUUCUCCUGCACUAAAAAUGUAAUGAAUUAGCGUAUUAAUUACUACUGGCUGUGUGUAAACUGUCGCCACUAGAGCAUGACCUUGUACAAAAAUUGUAAUAUUUACCACUUUUGGAGUAAUACAAUAUAGACAUUAUCGAUGCUUAAAACUUGUACAAUUUGACAUGACAAUAUAAUUCACCUGUGCAUUGUCGGUUUAAAAUUUAAUCUGCAGAUUUUAAAUUUUGAUUCGACUUAACGUCUUUUGUUAUUAAAGAAAAGCGACACCAAUUAUUGUAUAAAUUCAUCGAGGAAGUUUAUAUGUAUAUAAAUUGAAUUAUGGAAAAUAUUAAACGGAUUUUAUCAGCUUUUACAAUUCUAAACGUUCUUCAAGGUAUUGCUUGUGAAGAUGACUCAUUUACCGGAGUAGUAGCAGCCUCAACAGUUGCUGGGGUUCUGUUCUGUCUAGUGAUAUUAGCAGCUGUAAUUUUUGCGAUUUGGAGAGAUGCAUAUAAAAAAGUACAGUUGAAACGGGGACGUUUUAAGGUUCCAAGAGCAUGGAUAAAACAAGAAAGAUUAGCAAAGUUAGAGAAACGAAAAAGAUUCAAGCGUCAGAUGAAAGAACAAAUAAAACAAAAACAUGCAAUAAAAGAUAAACAAAAUGGAGAUUUGGAUAUGGAAAUGAAUAAUUUACACAGGACACGCCCACAGAUACCUGGAUCAUGGCGCAGAGAAUUACGACAUCCAAAUGGGUAUAUAGUAAAAGAAGUACCAACUUUGCAGAGAACCGUAGUAAUAGAUAAUCAGCAAGUCGUUGUUGACGUAGUUGACAACGAUAGUGCACUCUGGCAGAGAGGUCAUAACCCAUCUGGUAUCCGCUAUUCAUCACUGACAAAUCCAUCCACAGCGGUACCAGUAUCAUCUCGGAGUGACGGAGAUAGUUCGAGUGUAUCGUCUGCUUCAACAGCAAGAGUAAAGGAUAAAGACAAACACUCGUCUGUGUAUAUAGAAGCGGAAGUGAUAGAAGCAAGCAUAGAUUUCACAAAUGACGGUGCCAUUGGUGAUGAUAGGGAAUUACAAGAGAGAGUUACAGCCUUCUGAGAAGGAGUAUACAUGUAUGCAAUGAAAAGUGAUGUGAUAUGCCGGUGAGGUUUGAGCAGUACUGAGUGUGUUGAUAAACUAUGAAGUCCCUAUAAAAUAAUUUCCGAUUUCUAUAUGACUUUUAUAAAUAAUAUAUGUACAGAAAUUAUAUAAUAAAUGUGAUGAUAUAUCA